AUGUGGUUUUGCCAUCCAGAUUGUAAGGCUGUUGCUAGUGGUGCUUGCUCUGAUCCUGUUACAGGUGAUCCUGCUUCUAUAAUUCAUCAUAAACUUGAUGUUUGUAGAAGUAAUUAUGUGAGGUGGAAUAAGGAUGUGUUUGGGCAUGUACAAAAGCAAAUUCGCUAUACUAUUGCUGAUAUUAUUUCUUUGGAGCGAUUACCUUUUUCUGAUUCUAUUUGCACACAACUUAAAGUUCUAAAGUCCUCCUUGGAUGAUCUCUUUGCUAAAGAGGAGGAUUUAUGGAGGCAGAAAUCACGAGUAGAUUGGUUGCAUGAUGGUACUGAUGGGUUCCCUCCAGCUUUUUUUCAGAGGUAUUGGGAUAUUAUCAGGGAUGAUUUAUAUCAUUUGGUUUGCAACUUCUUUGAGACUGGUACUCUUUCUUGUGCUCUAAAUGAGACAUUGAUAUGCCUUGUCCCUAUGGUUUUAAAACUUGAAAGUGUAGACCAAUUUCGGCUGAUAGAAUUAUGUACUAUUGUUUCCAAGAAAAGGAAGAAAAGUAAGAAGAAAUAUCUGGCAGUGAAAUUAGAAAUGAAGAAGGCCUAUGAUAGGCUUGAAUGGGAGUUUAUUGAGAGGUUGCUCUUAUGUAUGGGUUUUUGUUCACAAUUUGUCCAUAUGAUUAUGGGUUGUUUGAGAUAUGUUUCUAAUCAUAUAUUGAUAAAUGGAGCAUCUAGGGGAUCUUUCUCACCAUCCCGUGGUAUACGGCAAGGUAAUCCUUUAUCUCUUGCAUUAUUUAUUUUAUGUAGUCAUGCUCUCAGUUGUCUACUGUUGAAGGCUGAAUCUGAAUCUCUCAUUCAUGGCAUCAAAGUGCGCAAUAGGGCUCCUCCAAUUACUCAUUUAUUAUUUGCAGAUGAUAGCCUUAUUUUCUCAGAAGUAAAGGUGGAUGAGAUUUACCAUUUGAAGGAUAUUCUGUCUACAUAUUGCAAGGCUUCAGGUCAAUCCAUUAAUUUAUCAAAGUCUUGCUUGACUUUUACACCAAACACUCAUCAGAAGUUGAACAGAUGGUUUUCUUGUAUAAUGAAGAUUCCUUAUGGUUCUGGCCCUAAGAAGUAUUUGGGUUUGCUGAUAGACUUUAGUAUCUCCAAGGCUUCUCUUUUCAAGGAUAUUACUUCUAAAAUUGAUGGGAGAAUCCAAGGUUGGAAGUCAAAGCUAUUGUCUCAUGCAGGUAAGGAAGUCCUUCUAAAGUUUGUGUUUUUUUCUAUGGGUAAUUAUGCUGGCAUGCAUUUUAAAUUACCUGCCUCUCAUCAUCUAUAUGUGAAAAAGAGUGCUGCAAAUUUCUUUUGGGGUGAUAAGGAGGGACGACCCAAAGUUCAUUGGGUGCCAUGGGAUCGUAUGUGUUUGUCAAAGGAGAAGGGGGGACUUGGAUUUCGUGAUCCAACUCUUCAUAAUCAAGCAUUACUUUCUAGGACUGCCCAUAGAAUAUGGUCUGAUCCGGGUUGUUUGUUUUCUCGAUUUAUGAAGGCCAUUUAUUUUCCAAAUAUUGAUUUCCUUAAAUCAAAAGCAGGUAAUGAUCCAAGUUGGGGGUGGCGCAGUAUUUUGUUGGGUAAAGAUGUUCUGCUUGAUGGUUUGGGAUGGAGUAAUGGAAGGGGUUUAUCCAUUGAUCCUUGGCAUGAUAAACAGAUUCCAAUAGAUGGUGGAAUGAAGACUGGUUUAUCAAAGUUUGUGAAUCCGGAUUUAUCAUGCUUGGCUGAUUUUAUUGAUCAAGAGUCUAUGCAAUGGAAACGAGAUUUAUUGAAUUUCUAUUUUUCCCAAGAUGAUGUUGAUCGUAUUUUAAGGAUCAAUCUUCGCAUGUAUCCUAAUGAAGAUAGGCAGAUAUGGGUGGCUUCUCGAAAUGGUGUUUACUCUGUUAAGAGUGCAUAUCAUAUGUUAUCCACUAUGAAAGAUGAUACUGAUCGGCAAAGAGCUUCUACCUCCACUUCUUUGUCGACUAGUAGGAUCUCUAAUGAUGUUUGGCAGAUUGUAUGGAAGUGCAAGUCUCUACCUAAAAUUCAGAGGUUUAUGUGGCGAAGUAGAAACUCUGGUCUUGCCGUUGGAGAGGCUCUUCAUCACCGCAAAUUUGCAAUUGAUCCAUCUUGUUGUCGAUGUGGCCAUUUUGAGUCUAUUACUCAUACUCUUCUCAACUGUGAUUUUGCGAAAGCAGUAUGGUUUGGUAGCAGUUUUGGUUUCUCAUCUUCAGCCUUGAACGUUGAUCAUCUUUCUUCUUUUAUUCGAAUGUGGAAAUCAUUCUUCAUUAUAGGGGAAGACUAUGGUCAACAAAUGUGCACCCUUGCUUCAUUCUAUCUUUGA